GGGAAGGACGGCGGCGCCGAGCUGCAGCAUGGGGCUCGUCCUGCUCUUGGGGCUGCUCCUCUCCCGAGCCGGAGACCUCCUGGCCCUGCCCAGGAGUGACUGCAUAGCAGCGGAGCAGCUGUGCCUCUUGGACUCCACCUGCAACGGCACCUACAGGACCCUGGAAAGCUGUGUCCUUGCUAGAACUCGCUUCCUUCCACUAGAUCACCAAAGCAGGGACAGAUGUCUGCAAGCAGAGCUGGUCCUUGGAAAUAGCUCUUUACUGCAUUGCAAGUGUCACCGGCGCAUGAGGAGACAGGAGCACUGCUUGCGCAUYUUCUGGACCGUUCACUCCAGCAUGACAGAUGGUUAUUUCAAUCUGGAGACCUCCCCRUAUGAGAGUCCAGCAAAUGAAGAACACUGGAAGACAGAUUACAAUAAACUGGCAGCUCUGGUAUCAGGCUCGCAGUUAGCAGCAGAUGCAACAAAUCCAUGCCUGAAAGCAACUCAUGUUUGUAAUCUGAGCAAAAAAUGUGUUCGCCUGCGCACAGAUUAUGCCUCUAUCUGCACUAAGGGAGCAGGAAGUGAGGACAUGUGUGAUCGUCGCAAAUGCCACAGAGCRCUUAGAAAUUUCUUUGAGAAAGUCCCUGAGGAUUUCACUAAAACAAUCCUAUUCUGUCCGUGUCAAGAUGAACGCUGCGGGGAACGACGCCGGAAAACUAUCGUACCUGACUGCUCCUUCCAGUAUAACACCAAACCCAACUGCCUCUGGCUUUUGGACUCAUGUUUGGAAGACCACAUCUGCAAAUCCCGACUGGCUGAUUUCCAGCAAAACUGCCAACCUACAGACAUGUCCCCAGAUGGCUGCUCUCAGCACAACCAUGCUGCAUGUCUGCAGGCCUACAUGGGCAUGAUUGGCACACCUAUGACACCCAACUAUGUCAGUAACUUCAGUGUGGAGGUCUCCCUGUGGUGCACGUGUGAGAGCAGCGGCAACCAGAAAGAGAAGUGCGAUCAGAUACUCAGCAUGUUUGAAAGCAAUAAAUGCCUUGAAAAUGCAAUUUGGUCUCAAAUGCACCUGAAGCAGGCAGCUCUGGAAAGACAGGAAGAACUGUUUUAUUCGUCUUCCCUAAGCUUCCAAGGUGACAGCGCCAGCACAUCUCUUGCUUCAGAAAUGUCCCAGGUGGCUGAAGUGAAGACGCAGCGAGACAUCUCCAAACACAGCAGUAUGCCUCUGGCUUCCUCUGUAUAUUCUGGAGCCGCUGUUUCCUGGCCAUCUCUGGCUUUGUUUCUGACCAUGCUGCUCAACCCACCUUAACUUGACACAAAUGGCAUUUCUUGCCCCCAUGUUAUUAAUCUUGCCCCUUGCCCAGGCAUCUCCUUGUUAAUUGAUUCUUGGCAAACAGACAGCUUCCAGAAAGAGGCAUAGAACAGCUUUCACCCAGAACCACAGUCACUGAAAACUUCCUCCCAGCUAUACCUCACUUUCCCCCUGCUGUGUUUGUAUUGAGAGCUGCCCGCUGGCACUUCUGCCAUGUUAGCAUGUUGAGGAACAAUCAGCCAGGCUAAUUUCCAAGGCAGUAUUUAAAAACAAAAGUCUGAUUUCUGCCCCCUCCCUGAACUUACACAGAAUUUGCUUACUGACUGCAGUUAAAAACUGAUACAGUUUGUCCUGCUGUCCAAACUUCUGGAGUUCUUCCUUGGUCAGACAGCACAGCAGAAAACUUUGCCUAAAAAACCUGWAAGUCUUCGCAUUCUAGGAUGGGCUGUCGCUGUAGCUGUAAACACAGCCAAAGUUCCUGUUGAACACCAGUUCUGYAUUAAAUUUAAUUCCCUUUUCAAAAAUUUCAAAUACUUUUUUUUUUCUUUUUUUAGCAUAUGAAAAACACCAUCCCAGAUCAAGGAUACUGUGUUCUCGUUUAAAUUCUUGCUGUUUUGCCCUUGCAGUGGUAGCCACUGCCAUGGCUACCAAGAGAUGUGGGAUGGCUUUCCAUACUCAAAUUCAGUGAAAUUAGCCUUACCCAGCUAACCCUGACCUUUUGUCUGGCCUAAGAGUGUGCCUUUUUAGAAAUGUUUUGAGAAAGUAUAUAGGCUCACUGUAGCUAUAUGCACCACAUGCCCUUGAGACGUUCAGUGCAAAGACCUCAGAGAGCUGGACUUGCCUUGCGCCUCCCCAUACUCAUCUAUCACUGCCCCACUGCCCAGUAACCGCCUCUGCUGCCAGGUUCCAUUUUAUGACCUGUUUAUUCUGAGURUAAAAGUGUGCACUGUGUAACUGCUCCAUUUUUUUGUUGUUGUUGCAUUGGCCUGUUAAAAUGUGGUGUUAAAGUGAAUAUUGAUUUCUGAGCAUAGGUUAAUAGUCCACAAUCAAUUGAAAGAGUUGCCUCAUCAGUCAGCUUGCGCUUUCAGGAGAGUGAAGAAUUCAGGUCCAGGCAACUCCACAGAGUUUCUCUUGCAUAUCCCAUGAGAUGCAACAAAUCUGAAUAAUAUGCACAGCUGAGCAAUAUUACAAUCCUUAACAGAGGCAGAGCAAGUGGCUAUCUCUUCAGUCUGCUUUAUCUGUGCCCAGAAUGACA